AUGAGCUAUGCCCGGACUCGACGCUUUCAGGCGCAAUCUUUGCAAGAGGGACACAGAAAGCCAAUCCUCAUCGAUACCGAUAUACUCUCCGACGUCGACGAUAUCGGAUCCCUGGCCAUCGCUAACGUUCUCCAUAAUCGAGGGCUGGUCGAUUUGCGAGGUGUCGUCGUCAAUACCAACUCGGAGUAUGGCGCCCUUGCUGCCAGUGCCGCCAACACGUAUUAUGGGAACGGCGAUAUCCCCAUUGCUGCCCUCCGACCAUUAACCCAGGAAACAUUUGUGGAUACGUGGAACUUUCUCUAUACCGCAAGAUCUUGGCUCGAGCUAAUCCUCAGCAAGGUCAAAGAACUUGUGGUAAUGGGCGGAAAGUAUCCGGAGGGCUGGGAAUUCAACCUGGGAGGUGGCGAUGUCGCGUCGGCUCUCCAGGUCGUGAACGAGUGGCCACGUGAUAUUCCGGUGACCUAUUCCGGUUUCGAACUUAGCAAGGACAUCUUCUCCGGUACACGCCUGAUGGAGGACGCCCCGUCGGAUUCACCUAUACUGGCCGCUUAUGAGUGGUACGUGGGGAGAUGUAAGACGGCGCGAGAGUCAUGGGACCCGGUAACAACGCUGUACGGUAUCCUGGGCCUCCACGGCGUCCCAGAGGGCGAUCCCGGACCGCUCUUCGACUAUGCAAAUGACGUCGGCUACAAUCGUAUGCUCGAAACGGGAUCGAACGAAUGGGUCCACGACUCGGCUGUUCGUAAUCAGCAUUGGUUGAAGCUUGCCGACGGUAUUACGAACGAGACCGUCGCCGCUUGGUUAGAUCGGCUGCUGGCUCACGACCCUGUCGGGGAAAGGUGUCCAAAUCACUGCCUUCAUACACAGAAGGACACGAAAUACUAG